AUGACUCAACUCAUUGACACCUUCGAUGAAUGGAGUAAGCGAUUUGACAUGCUCAAAGCCAUACUCGCCAUGGAGACUAUAUCAAUGAGAGAGAUUCGAGACAUGAAUGCUUUGUCACUGGACCAGUACGCCUGGUCGAUUUAUCUGACCAAUCCAAAAGGUGCAGAUUACCCAAAACAGCAGUGCGAAGAGAUUUUCAGGCUCGCCGAAGCCGUCAUUCAGUUUGCAGACGAUGCGAGGACUAUGGUACUCGUUGGCGAGGUAUAA